UGAGGUGCGCACGCGGUGCCGCUCCCGCUCCGCUCGGCCCGGACACUGCAGUGGAGGCUCCGGUGCCAUCGCUGCGGCUGCUCGUCCCCGACAACACGUCCCGCUGCAGACUUUCCGAGCCCGCGGAGGUAACGGGGCAAGGACCCGCUGACGGCCAUGGCCGAGUCCAACCCGCUGCGGGGGUUCCCCCGUCUGCGCCGGGCCGCGACUUCAUUUCCUGGUAAUCUGCACUUGGUCUUGGUGCUCCGCCCCAGUACCUUGCUAAGCUCCGCCCCCAGCCCAUCCUCCAGCACCGAGCUGGGCUUUCGCUUCAGCCAGGAUGACUUCUUGUUGAAGAUGCCGGUGGUGAUGCUUCGUUCAGUUGGUGACCUACUCCGCUAUAUAGAUGAAAACCACCUGACAUCAGACUUCACAGGAAAAGUAGAAUAUUGCCAUAGUGACUGGAUCGUCCUACGCACGGCCAUCGAGUCCUUCGCAGUGACGGUGAAGGAGAUUGCUCAGCUGCUGCAGGGUUUCGGAUCAGAGCUGUCUGAUACAGAACUUCCAGAUGAAGCCAACGCCAUCGAGUUCCUGCUGCAUUCACACACACACCGAUACCGACAGAUGAAGGAUGACAUCAGGGGUGUGCUGAAGGAAGGACGUCUGCUGCUGUCCAACCUGGAAACAGUCAAGGCCUCUAAGAGAGACGUAGACGAAGACAGGGACAUACAAGCAGACAUGGACACCGUACAGAGGCUGCUGGCUCAGCUCAGAGACAUGGAGGAGGCGUUUGACGGCUUCUUUGAGAAACACCACCUGAAACUGCAGCAGUACCUGCAGCUGCUGCACUAUGAAAUGAGUUUCCAGCAGAUGGAUGAAGUGCUGGAGCGUCUUUCAGCUCAGGAGAAGGGAAUCGCCUCUGUGGGGACCACAGUGGUUCAAACAGAGCAACUACUGAGAGACCUGGAGAUACUGGACACACAGGCCGAGGAGGAGAUGGCACGGGCCCAGGUAGUGAUCCUUCAUGGUCAUCAGUUGGCUGCCAACCACCACUACGCCCUUGCACUCAUCAUUCAACGCUGCAAUGAGCUCCGGCAUCACUGUGACGUCAUCACCACUGCAAUAAGAACCAAGCAGGCUUCACUAACUCGAGCACGAGACCUGCUGCUCCGCCUUGAAGAGGCCAUGCAUUGGUGUAAUGAGGGGGCCUAUCUGCUGGCAAGCCAGAUGGUGGACAAGUUCCAGACCAGAGAGGGAGCUCAGGAAGCGCUGCAGUACCUAACCUGUCACCAAGAGAGGGCGCCAUCUGCACUUAAAAACAGCCAUAGCACUCUGAGCCUGGAGUUUGAAGCCAUACUGACACCACAGCUGCAGUCCCAAAUUGCCAUGGUGACAGACAAGCUGAACUCGGUGCAGUCUAUGAUCAGGAACAGGGUGCAGUGUCUGAGGAAAUUGGCCGACGUCCAGGUUCGACCCAUCCAGCUGGUGGCUCCCCGGCCUGAGCCUGAACAAAUGUCACAGCGCUGCAAGUCACCCCUUUUCUCACCCAAACAUGGUGUAGACUUUAAUGUCCUGAAUUCCAAGUUUUCCUUUGACCUGCUUCCUGGAAAAAGAGCUCUGAGGAAGAACAACACCCAACGCAAGAUCGAGGUGAUGCACGAUUACCAAGGCAACCGCAGCUGUCUGUACGGCCCCACGCCUGAGACCGACUCUGAGGCCGAGGACAACCCAGAGCAGGUCACACGUCAUAUCAUGAAGGAGCUGAUAGCUACAGAGAGGAUCUAUGUGGAUGAGCUGCUCUCCGUCCUACUGGGCUACAGAGCAGAAAUGGAGGAUCCAUCCAUGUCUAAUCUUCUUCCCUCUGCUCUGCGCAGCCAGAAGGACGUUCUGUUUGGAAACAUGCCAGAGAUUUACCAGUUUCACAGCAGGAUCUUCCUUCAGGAUCUGCAGGGUUGCCUGGAGACACCAGAGAGGGUGGGGGCCUGCUUCCUGCAAAGGAAGGAGAAGUUCCAGGUGUAUGAGCGCUACUGCCAAAACAAGCCUCGUUCGGAGUUGCUAUGGAGACAGUGCUCUGAUUCACCCUUCUUUCAGGAGUGCCAGAGGAAGCUAGACCACAAGCUGGGUCUGGACUCAUACCUCCUGAAGCCGGUCCAGCGCCUCACCAAGUACCAGCUGCUGCUCAAGGAGCUGCUGAAACACUGUACAGAAGAGCUAUACCGCUGUGAACUCCAGGAGGCGCUGGACUCAAUGCUGGAGCUGCUGAAGUCUGUCAACGACUCCAUGCAUCAGACAGCCAUCACUGGAUAUCAGGGCGACCUGAGCCAGCUGGGCCGCAUGGUGAUGCAGGGAGGCUUCAGCGUUUGGAUCAGCCAUAAGCGGGCAGCAGUGAGGAUGAAGGAGAUGGCCCGGUUCAAACCCAUGCAGAGACACCUCUUCCUGUACGAACACGCCCUGCUGUUCUGCAAGCGCCGAGACGAGGACACUCACGACAGGACGCCCUUCUACAGCUUCAAGUCCUGCCUCAGAAUGAGUGCAGUGGGAAUCACAGAAACUGUGAAAGGAGAUGUGAAGAAAUUUGAAAUCUGGUACAGCGGCAGAGAAGUGGUUUACAUCGUCCAGGCCCCGACAGUGGAGGUGAAAGUCGCCUGGCUGACGGAGAUUCGCAAAAUUCUCACAAACCAGCAGAAAGUAAAUCAAGAGGAGACUCCUUCUCUUCCUCACUCAGAUGCACCUCUCUCUGACAGUGCAUCAGAGAUGUGUGUGUCGUGGGGCGGAGCAUCGGUGGGAGGCUGCUCAGCGUGUCUCCCUGUUCCUCACAGCUCCUCUGCAACAAGCCACUCCCACAGGCUCAGAGGGGAGGAGUCAAUACACACUAGCCCCGCCCUCUCCGACCCUGUGGUGCACUCACCUCGACGCAGUUGGCCUGUACCCGCCCACUCGGUGGCGAUCUGUGAGGGUCUGGAGGACUGGGGCGCCACAGACCUGUCCAACAUCUCCGACUCAGAGGAGGAGGACCAGCCUGCACCUCUGGUGGCGGGUCGGUACCGGGUCAUGGUAGAGAGCAGCAUGGCCAGCACAGAUGACAUCAUCUUCAACUGCGGUGACGUUAUUCAGCUGCUGCACGAGGAGUCGUCAGGAAUGUGGAUGGUGAGGAAUAUAAGUCGUGCAGAAGAAGGGCGUGUUUUGCCUGAAGACCUGCACAGGAUUCUGGGAGAGACCUGCUGAGAGCCAAUCAGAACAAAGGAUUUACUAACUCAGUAUUUGUGAUGUGUGACCAUUUGUUCCCAGUUUCGUCUUUCACUUAAAGUCGACGUUCCUCCACAGGUUCACAUAUUGCAACAGCUUCAGCAAGAGCAUGUGACUCUGGAGAUGCUCAGUGGUCAGAAUGAAGCACAAUAUCAGCGGCUUACUUUAGUCCUCUUCUAAUGUGUUCACCUCAGAAAGCUGUAAACUACAGAGUAGACCUCAGAAGACUGUAAAAAAAGCCAAGCACAUGUGUGGGACCUCAUUUACCGAAGCCUUUUCCUUUAAUAUUUCAGUGUUUUCCAGCGUUAACCAGGCAAGUUCUUUGACAAGGAGCUGUAACUGAAGUCACAGAUCAGGGCUUUUUCAUUCAUACAUUCUAAAUGGACUUUUGUUUCAUCAUUUCUAUUUUCUUAUGAGAUAUCAUGUUGACAGUCAGAAAUCAUGUAUAGAAUCAUGUAAAAAUCAUUUUCAACAUAUCAUAACUGUCCAUGUGCCAAACAGCUGAGCUAAUCUUUGUGGCUUUUCUCUUCAUAACACUUCCUUUCAGUCUGCUGCUGUUAUAUUUUUGGCUCUUCUGUGUCUCACUAAAGCCAGGUACUGUGAUGUGAAGGGUACGCAUCAACUGCCACAUUACUGCCCCGGUAAUAAACAAAAGCAUACAAACAACAAGCAAAAAUGCAAACACAACAUUACAGCAUUAGCAAACAAGUGGUGCCAGGCCCAACAAACCCCGCCCCUCACAUGAAUUGUGGCUUAUUUUGGCAUC